UAAAAAUUGGAUCGUAGAUGAAAUAUUAGAAUCUAUAAUGAGAAGUUAAUGUUUAUAAACUGCCUGUGGUUCGUACGUGUCCAUGCUCUAGGACACGGAAGGAGAAAAAGAGGAAAAUAUGGAGCAGAUGUAAAGUUAUUGUUGGCAGGCAUUACUGGAGGAGCACCGAGGCAUCGAUGGAAGGUUAUCUUUGCUCGACCGACGCGCCUUGCUCAGCACCACAUGGCUGUGGCGGCUGCACGACUCACAGUUGUGAUACGAAGGAGCAGAGCAGCGUUGAGUUAAUAUUCCUUCAGUUUGUCGUUGUCGGAGAAGCACACAACUCAGCGCAAUGUCGCAGUUACAGGCGAGGUUCUUCACGAAGGACAAAAGGUUCGUCGUAGAUGAUGUUCCCUUCUCCAUCCCAGCGGCCUCGGAAGUGGGGGACCUGAGCAACGUGAUCAAUCAGCUGCUGUUGGCUAAAAAUGCGUCCCACAGCAAAGUGGAUUUUGACUUCCUGGUCAGGGGUCAGUUCCUGCGGUCGUCGCUGUCCUUCCACAUGGAGACAGAAGGCAUAUCAACGGAAGAAGUGGUGGAGAUCGAGUACGUGGAGCGAAUCACAGCCCCUGAGCCUGAGGAGUGUAUAAUGCAUGAUGACUGGAUCAGCUCCCUCGAUGCAGAUGCUGAAUGGAUCCUAACGGGGUCAUAUGACAAGACGGCGAGGAUCUGGUCUGUGGAAGGGAAGGCGGUGAUGACGGUGGCAGGUCACACAGAUGUAGUCAAAGAUGUAGCCUGGGUUAAAAGAGAUGGCCUGACCUCUCUGCUUCUGACGGCCUCUCUGGACCAAACAGUCCUGAUGUGGGAGUGGAACUCUGAGAGGAACAAGUUGAAAGCCAGACACUGCUGCCGCGGACACACGGGCAGCGUUGACACCGUUGCCACAGACCCAACACGCUCAAAGUUCUGCAGUGGCUCCUGGGACAAAAUGUUGAAAAUUUGGUCUGCAGUUCCCACAGAUGAAGCGGACGAGGUGGAGGAACCCGCUGACAGACCGAGGAAGAAGCAGAAGACUCAGCAGCUCGGCCUGACCAGGACUCCCCUGAUGACGUUGUCCGGACACAACGAGGCCGUGUCGUCCGUCCUCUGGUGCGACAGUGAGGAAGUCUGCAGUGCAUCCUGGGACCACACCAUCCGAGUGUGGGACAUUGAGACCGGAGGAACGAAGACGACAUUGAUGGGAAGCAAAGUGUUUAACUGCAUUUCCUACUCCCCCCUGUGUCGACGCCUGGCUUCAGGCAGCGCUGACAGACACAUCAGACUGUGGGACCCUCGCACCAAAGACGGGUCGCUAGUGCUGCUGUCUCUGACCUCCCACACCGGUUGGGUCACCGCCGUGAAGUGGGCGCCGUCGCACGAACACCAGCUGGUGUCGGGCUCCCUGGACAACCUCGUCAAACUGUGGGACACCAGGAGCUGUAAGGCUCCUCUCUACGACCUGGCGGCCCACGAGGACAAAGUGUUUUGUGUAGAUUGGACAGAAAGCGGGCUGAUGUUGAGCGGUGGCGCAGACAACAAGCUAUACACCUACAAAUACUGUCAGACAGACGCGGGGGCGUAGGGACAGAUGGCAUCAGCACAGACGUACAGAACGGACAGAAAUGUAUAUUUUACAAACAUUGCUCGCUUUAUCCUCCAUGUCCUGGUUGUUUUACCGCUCCUCAAUUUUUACACGUAUUUUCGUAUAUGAGGUUUCAUUGUUUCCCUGUAAGACCAAGAAAAAAAACAUAAAUUAAUUUUGUCUCCUAA